CCGGAAUGUAAAAUUUGAUCUCGAGGAUACGCUCGGCUGUCUUCUCUUCUUGAUAUUAUAUUUUUCAUAAUGUCUACAAGUAUUGUUGUUAUUGGUGCUGGUGUAAUUGGUCUUACAACCGCUCUUUUGCUUCAGAAGAAGGGCUAUCAAGUCACUAUUGUUGCUAAAUACGUCCCCGGUGAUAUGAAUAUCGAAUAUACCAGUCCAUAUAGCGGUGCCCAUUGGAGAACCAUGAUUCCUAACGACCAGAAGGAAUUGCAAGAGAACGACGCUGUUGCCUACAACGUCUUUUACAAAAUUGGUAAAUCACUGCCCAGUGAUACCACUGGAGUCAUGAUCAUACCAGCCUUGGAUUGCUGGUCUGAACGUAACGACGACACCGCUAACCCUUGGUGGAAAGAUGUUGUGAAAGAUUUUCGAUUUGUUGAAACGAAAGAGUUGUUUCCCGACACAGUCAUCGGCCAUAGCUAUACAACCGUUGCGGUCAAUACUCCUCAUUAUAUGCAAUGGCUCGUUCGAUUAUUUACCCAGGCAGGUGGCAAAUUGAAGAAAGCUACUCUUACUCAUGUCCAGGAUGCUCUCAAACACUGCCCGGACGCACAAUCAAUUGUCAACUGUACUGGUCUCCAAGCCCGAUUCCUGGGUGGUGUUAAGGAUGAGAAGGUUUACCCAACGAGAGGUCAGGUCGUUGUUGUCAAUGCACCUCAUAUCAAAAAAACUCUGACUUCAAUGGUUGGCGACGGCACCAGCUACAUUAUUCCAAGAUCCAAUGGACAUGUUAUUCUAGGUGGUACCAGACAAGCUCAUGACUUUGAAGUAGACAUGAAAACUGCUGAGGAGAUCAUGGAAAAGACUGUCCGUCUCUUACCCGAACUGGCUCACGGCAAGGGAGUCAAGGGUCUUGAUAUCGUAAGACACAAUGUUGGCCUGCGCCCUUCAAGAGAAGGUGGCCCUCGUAUUGAAAACGAGAUGACAACCACCGCCAACGGCAAGCCCUUGCUCAUUACACAUUGUUAUGGACACAGCGGCUAUGGUGUACAGAGCAGCUGGGGAUCAGCUAAGAAGGCCGUCGAUCUAAUUGAUCGAGGACUCUUUGAAAAGGACCAUCAGGUUAUCGACUCCAUUGUUGGUGAUCUUUGGAGCAAACUUUAAUUGCACGGUCUUUCAUUUCCUUCAUUUUUGUAUGAGCUAUUGGAACAUAAUAUUUUGAUAAAGACAA